GCGAGUUAUUGGUUCAAGUGCUGUCGAGUGGUUUGCAGUUUUGCUCUUCUGGAAAACCAGCAAGAUGUCAAGUUCACAAGAACCAUCGUGGAUGUGGAUGGCUCAUAUGUCAGCAAGCACAAGGCAGCAGCGUCAAACAGGGAUCCUUGUACGCUUCCGGAGAACAAGGGUGCUGCAGGCCCUGCUGAGCGACGGUCUGAAAUUGAGGAUGCGAUGGAAAGGCACAUUGCCAAGGACUGCUACGUGGGAGCAGACUCCGGCCCGGCCAUCCAGAGCAUGUGUGCCAAAAUGGAGGUACCGGCUUCUGCUGCCGUGCACAGCGCUGAGAUUUUCAGGCCCUUGGUCAAGUUCCCGAAGUAUGGCCUUACGCCAGGACAAAUCAGAACCAUGCGGAAGUUUGCCAAGCCCAAGAGAGCUGUUGCGAAGGUGAAGGGCAUGCAGAAGGACUCUCGCACCUUCCAGACGGUGGGAGGAGACAAUACCGCGGAAGCGCAAUUCAGCUCGGCGAAGCACCAGCUUCGCCGACAGAAUUUGUUGGGGCGUGCCGGCGCCAAACGGGCAACGAGCGCUCUGUUGGCCGGACCGUAUCAGAACCAUGUUCCAGGACUCGCCCCGCUGCUGCAAGCUUUUUCCGUGUAUUUCAUGGACCGUCUUGGGGUGGAUCCCUAUAAGGUCUUUGAGGAAGCCGAUCCUUGGCAUGUCCUUGAUGUGUGA